AUGCCCUUCGGACACCACCACCAGAAUGCGCCCCUCGACCCAGCGCAGGGCAUCUAUGCCGCCGCUUCGGCGCUUGGGAGCAUAGGAGCGCCUGGAGGCAAUCUGCGCGCGGCAACCCAGGGCACCACACGGGCGGGCACCGAUGCCUUUCUGCCAGGAAGCAGUGGCAAUGCCCAAGCACCGGGCGAAGCGUACAUGGCAUCCACGGCACCGCCAGCUGCAAACUCGAGCUUCGAUACGCCGCGACACAAAGUGCCCAGCAUGGGAGGGCGCGCCCCCGAAGAGCACCAUGUAUCGGCAGCAGUAGGCCAGCAUGCCUCAGUGCCCCCUCCAGCGACGUCGGGUCAGCAAAUGUACAACCCGCCCGACACCUAUCGGUCGGCGCCCAACAUCAACCUUGACCAUGGCACCCCGCAAAACAGCCAGUAUGCUUCUCCCGCUGUGCCCGGCAGUCUUCAGCCUGCAAGCGGUGCGGCGUCGCAGCAACAGCAACAGCAGCAGCCACCGCAGCCACCGCAGCCACAACCGUCCCAGCAGCCGCAACAGCAACAACAGCGACCCGGCCCUACCACUUCUUACACUGCCCCCGUUGGGCCUCCCCAGACGCAGAUAGCCACGAACGCUCAGCAGUACACGCUACCCACGCGCUCAAACACAAUUAGCCAGUCCCAGCACUCCCCCCACUCGUCGCACUCGUACUCGCGCUCCAGCCCAGCCGGCCUGGGCCCUGACCAGAAAUACAUUCCUUUUUCCAAUACCCCCGAGCAGCAGCAGCCCAAGUACGCCGCAGGCACGCCCGCGCAAAAGUACUAUCCCACGACCCCUUCGGGCGCCGCAUCCCAAUCUCCCCUUGGCCUCGCGGAUAUUAGACCACGCGCAAACUCAAACAUGGAGCCUGAGAGUGCGGGCCACGGCAACCCAACCCUCGGCGACAUGAACAAGGUGCCUUCCAACAGCAACUACCUCGCCCCCUGGAGCAUAUACGCCUUCGAUUGGUGCAAGUGGAAUGUAUCGGGGAGCAACAGCGCCGGCAAGAUGGCCGUGGGCAGUUACCUAGAAGACAACCACAACUUUAUUCGCAUCCUCGACACGCAGAUUGCGCCCCAAGACGUCUCCGCCCCUGGCGCAACCCCCUUUGGCCUUGAAUACAACGCCAUUGCCGAAGCCACAUGUUCUUUCCCAGUCACACGCAUGCUGUGGGAGCCUCCCUCGUCACAGAAACAGUCGACAGACCUCCUCGCAACGUCUGGCGACCACCUGCGCCUGUGGUCGCUACCUCAAGCCUCUGGAAACACAACGAGCAACACCAUCACACGCUCAUCAUCCGUGAAUACACGAGAACCUCAGCUUCCUAAGCUUACACCACUUGCGCUUCUCUCCAAUUCCAAGACACCAGAGCAUACCGCCCCGCUCACGUCCCUUGACUGGAACACUAUGUCGCCAAAGCUCAUCAUCACCUCCAGCAUAGACACAACUUGCACAAUUUGGGACAUUCCUUCUCUUACAGCAAAGACACAAUUGAUUGCUCACGAUAAGGAAGUCUUUGAUGUUCGCUUCUGCGCAGGCAGUGUCGACGUCUUUGUGAGCUGCGGUGCCGAUGGAAGUGUACGCAUGUUUGAUCUGCGCAGCCUCGAACACAGCACAAUCAUCUACGAGCCUUCUGAUAAGGGUGCUGAUAGAGACAAGAGCUCGCCAACUGGCCGCAUGUCUCCGACCAAAGCACAGCAGACCAUGUCGUAUGCUCCACCGCUGCUCCGACUCGCCGCUUCUCCACACGACUCACACCUCCUUGCUACUUUCGCCGCCGACUCCAAUCUCAUCCGUAUCCUCGAUGUUAGACAACCCGGCCAAGCUCUGCUCGAGCUUCGCGGUCACUCUGCAGCUGUCAACAGUAUAGAAUGGAACCCUUCUCGGAGAGGAAUGCUCGCGUCUGGCGCCGACGAUUCGCUCGUCUUGAUAUGGGAUCUGCUACAUGCAAACAAUGGUGCUACAAUCAGUGGUGAACACGCCUCAACACAGCCCCCACCUCCACCUGCAAACUCACAUCCCGCAAAUGGCGCUGCAAACCAGCAGAAUGCACCAGUCGGCCAAAAGGGUCCGUACGCUAGCUGGCGAUGCGACUAUGAAGUCGGCAACCUUAGCUGGGCUCCUCAGAGCGCACUGACUGGACAAGGCGGCGAAUGGGUCGGUGUUGCUGGCGGACGUGGUAUCUGGGGUGUCAAGUUAUGA